AUGAAUAUUCGACUUGCUUUCAAUAGAUCUAGACUUUUUGUUUUGAAUGUAUCCCACAUCAAACCAUAUCAUAGUUUAGCUCUAUUUCCAUCUUCUCAUUUGUAUCAAGCAGACCUAUCAAACCAUGGAUCACGACGAAACUACCAUAGUGUAAAAACACCCAAGGGAACACGCGACUACAAUGAAAAGGAAAUGGCUGUACGGGAAAAGAUGUUCAAUAGUAUUCAAAGAGUGUUCAAACGACAUGGCGGGGUGACGAUCGAUACACCAGUGUUUGAACUCAAAGACAUUUUGGCAGGCAAGUAUGGUGAAGAAAGCAAACUAAUCUACGACUUGGCGGAACAAGGAGGUGAAAACUGUUCAUUACGAUACGAUCUGACUGUACCUUUUGCUCGGUACCUGGCAAUGCAUGGCAAAGAACUGAACCAAUACCAAUUGAAACGAUACCAAAUAGGCAAAGUUUACCGACGUGAUCAACCUGCUAUGACAAAAGGACGACUUCGUGAGUUCUAUCAAUGCGACUUUGAUAUUGCUGGAACAUAUGAUCCCAUGAUUCCUGAUGCUGAUAUUUUACGUAUUCUGUGUGAAUCCCUCGAUUGUCUCCAUUUGCCUCAUCCAUUCACCAUCAAAAUUAAUCAUCGCAAGAUCUUGGACGGUAUCUUUCAAGUAUGUGGCGUACCCGACAAUGCUAUACGGUCUGUAUCAUCAGCAAUUGACAAACUAGACAAGAUGACAUGGGUUCAAGUGCGACAGGAACUCAUUAGCGACAGGGGGCUGGCUCCUUCCGUGGCAGACAAGAUUGGUCAAUACGUUCAACAUCGUGGCGACUUUACUUUAUUGGAUACACUCAUGAAGGAUCAAGCACUGUUGGCCAACCCAAGUGCAGCUCAAGGCAUCAAGGACAUGUCUCUACUUUUCGAUUACCUUGACAUCUUUGAUGUUCGGCACAAGAUGACGUUUGAUCUCAGUCUGGCUCGUGGUCUUGACUAUUACACUGGAAUCAUCUAUGAAGCCAUUCCUGUUAAUCCUUCCGUCGAUGAUAUGGGUUCGAUUGCUGCUGGUGGACGAUAUGAUGAUUUGGUGGGCAUGUUUCUAGCUGGUGAUGAUGACAACAAGAAAAAAAAGAAAAUGAAACCCAAACAACCCAUUCCAUGUGUAGGUAUGUCCAUUGGUGUCGAACGUAUUUUUUCCAUAUUGAUGGCGCAACAUGAACAACGACCGAUCAAAAGUAAUGAAACUCAAGUAUAUGUGAUCUCGGUAGGAGAUGGCUUGUUAAAGGAACGGAUGCACUUGGCAAAGGAACUAUGGAAUGCAGGUAUCAAUGCUACCUUUAUGUACAAGAAUAAACCAAAACUAGAAAAACAAUGGACAGCAUGCGAAAACGACAUGAUCCCUUUAGCUGUGAUCAUUGGCAAGGAUGAAUUGGAUCAAGAUAAAGUUCGAAUCAAGGAGAUGACGGCAAAGAAUCAAGCUCAAGGUGGUGGUGUCAUUGUAAAUCGUGCUGAUAUGAUUAAUGAAUUGGUCUCUCGUUUAGAAAAAAUGUAGAAUAUAGACUAGAUGUGGUUAGAAUUAGAUAGAUAACAGAUAGUU